AUGUUGAAGAUUGAGGAGCACCUUGAAGCAAUCCAGCCUGCUGAUGCCCAAUGGGAUCUUCCGAGAACGUUGAAGGAUAAGAUCGACCACUAUACCUUCGCAUUACUCCUCUCGCCGGUAUUGCCAUUCUAUCUGGCCAAGAACACUGCUCCGCUUGGUCCCAUCAAGCUGGUCAUGGGUAUUCUUGAGAAGCAUCCUUUAUGGGGCUUCACCAAGGAAGUUAAAGGGGACAAGUACAAAUUUGAUAUUGUGGUCAAGAGAGUCCAGACUCGUCUCACGGAUCGGCGUGCAGAGCUUAAGGAGGUGAUCACACUCUCCCUGGGUCCCGAAGGAUUGUCGGAGGCUCACGGUGAGCAGAUGGGCACUGUGUCAAAGGCUCCGAAAAAGAAAACACCUGAUCCCGUGCAACUCGACGUUGUCGAGCUCUGCAAAGCCCUCGCGGCCAAACAUGCUGCUACCCACGUCAUCAUAAGCCUCGAGAUGUGUGCGCGGGUUGCCUUUCUGCGCAAAUUACUUCUAGAGAUGAUCAAGAAUCCUCAGUUGGAACCCACCGGCGGAUACUGGGCUUUCGUUGAUGCGCAGCUAUCAAUUAUUCUGAAAGACGAUCAAGGGAAGUACGGUCGGACGAUCAUUCCGGGCCAGGAUGGGGCCGCCGCCGCCGACAUCAGCUGUACACAGAACAUUGCGAACAGGGCCGCUUCUGGAACAUUUGUCGACGAUGAAGAUGACUAUUAG